CACCGAGUUCAUCUUAAAUUGACCACCUACUUCCCUCCCAACCCCUACCCCAGCAUUCCCCUUAGGUAACCUUAGAGAACAUGCAACAUCUUGUUACAAGGACAUGAUUAAUAAGACUGGUCUUGGAUUAGCUAUUGUGAUACUAUCCUACCUACUAGGUUCAACGAUUGGCAGGCCACUUCUUAGUUUGCUACCCAAUGCUUCUUUAAAUCAAACAGCAAGUCUUAAUGUUCAGCAUUCUCUCUCAUCUCCUUCAGGUACCAACAAUACAACACAGAAUGACACAGCAACUCACAAUGACUGCCUCAAGAGAAGAUUGUCACCAGAGCUCUGGACGGACUUGAAAAUGAAUGAAUACUUGGAAACCUAUCCACAUGGGGAAAUCUUGUCACUCAAGCAAUACGCGAAUCGAGUCGGGGCCAAUAAUUUUAACUUGGAAAUCGGUAGUGUGUGUAGAGUCGACCAGCUUUGCAAUGGCGUCAGUGGUAAAGAUUGGUAUGCUCUAGUCGCUGCUCAGCGUUGGAGUACUCGAAUGAACCAAGCUUUUGAUGCCGUGGCCUUUGCCUCUACAAUAGCAAUGGAGAUAAGCCAAGCAAUGACCUUCGACUUUGUCCCCCCGCCAACACACGCCUUGCAAUAUGCUUCAACUACCAUCUCAGCAAUCUUUUGGGUAAUACUGGCCAUGCCGGGAGUCUGGUUUGGGCCAAUUGGGAAGUACUAUUAUCGGGCUGUCCUCAGUGUCUUCUACGCUACUACUGCAAUUAUUCGUCCAAUGUUAAAUCUCAAGUAUCCGGUCGCCUCGCACGCCUUCACCCAAUGGAGUGACGUUGGCCUAUUAUUGACCGAAGUAAAGAAAAAUGUUCAGGGGGCGUUAGUAAACAUGACAACGGAAGUCAACACUUCAGGGAUCAGCACGCCAACGGGCCUCCGAGGAUUGAAUCUUGAUGGGCAGCUUUUCUCUCAAGCGACAGACGGAGCCGAAAGCAAGAUGCAAGAACAGUUCGAUCAAGCUUAUAAGCUCCAAACUUUAAGUCACUUGUGGAACUUGCAAAAUGUCUUCAUUACACGAGGAAGUGACCCAUGUAACGGAAACGGCGAAAAUGGAUCAUGGAGCGACAGAGGUUAUUUAUCUUACUGUACACCUGAUGGAGUAAUGAUGAACAUUGUACGCGCGAAAGGAAAUAAAGUCAGAACGAAGUUAUUCGGAGGGGAAAAGGCAUUGACUAAGCAUGGCUUAACAAUCGAGCUACUGACGACAACAGCUUGGGAAUGCCAGAAAAAAGUGGGACGUGUAGUGGGCCCUACAGCCUGGCAAAAUGCUACGGAACCGGAUGUGAGUCCACUAUUCAGCCAACAGUGCAUGUUCACGCUCCCAAUUUGCGAUUUGACCAGAGAAGAUAUCAGGAAAGCGCGCGAUGAAGGAGCUGGGACAGUACGAGCUUGUCGGAAAUUUGGGAAUGUCCCGAUCUGAGGAAGCUCACAUUGAUCAUAUAGAAGAAUAAGCCGUUGCACCUUGGUCAACACUUCUGGAGUGUAAAACUAUAAUAUAACUUAUAAGACUUUAUCGUUCGUCAUAUUAAUAGAUGCAACCUUUUGGGAAAACAGACACACUUAGUACAUUGAAUUAUCAGAUUUCCUUCCCUUUCAUAAAUGUAUAUCAAACCCCAGUUGGUUUCAUUGUUGUCCAAUUUAUAACUUUCCUAUAGAGAUUGGAAAGACCACUGAAAUCAUGUGAAACUUUCUUGAUUUGUAAUUCCUAAAAAAAUGUACUUGACAAAAGAGUUGUAACUACUAACUAUAGAUACAAAUUAAUUUCCCUCUCUCCAAAUAAUUGAGUAAGGCAUGAUUCACAAAAUAGUAAGAGACACAUAAUCCUGAGGGGCAAGAAAG